AUGUCCACCUCUCACCUCCCGGCUCCCAUGCAGGCGUUCGUCAUGUCCACCUCUCCCCACCUGGCUCCAAUGCACACCUUUGGUGAACGACGGGAGGACGAAGCGGGCAUUUUCAACAGACUUGCAGAAAAGUGCCCGCCUUGCCAGGAAGAGGCCUUGGACUGUCCGACCAACGCCUUUCUCAAGAGCCAACACCCCGGCCUGGCCGAACGGCCUGAUUGCUUCUACUGCGCCUUUGGAGAGUGUCCGUCCUCGUCCCAGCAGACGGGUCUCCUCUACAGCAUCGAGGACGGUACGCCUGUCCCCAUCCCAGGCCAUGCCGCUGCGCACGUGCCCUCCACGUCCUCGUCGGCCUCGACGAAAUCACCCAGCAGCAACCCCCCUGUCAAGAAGCGUCGUCAGGAGGCGCCAGACGAGGCCGAACGUCUGUCCAAGGCCAGGAAGACGGCAAACAACACCACGGCGACUGGGGUCACCAAUGACCCUCCCGACGCCCGCCAGCUCGGCCAUGCUUUGGGCCAUGCUUUGCGCCCCUCGGACUUGGCAAAGUAUGCCGCCCAAAGCCUCGACCGCGCAGGUGUCCAAGCGCCCUCCCCUCCAGCAGACGCCAAAAAAACGCGCCAAAAAUGA